AUGAGCGCGCUUUUAGAAACAUCCCUAGGCGACAUUGUCAUAGACCUGUUGGUCGAAGACGCGCCCAAAGCGUGUAACAACUUCUUGAAGCUGUGCAAGCUCAAGUAUUACAAUUUUUCGCCCAUUCACAGCGUUCAAAAGAAUUUUACCUUCCAAACCGGAGACCCACUCGGUCCUGACGCCCCGGAAAGUGAUGGAGGAUCAUCAGUAUGGGGUCUGUUGGACGGACCCUCCAAGAGGACUUUCCCGAUCGAGGUGCCGCGGAAAUUGAAACACUUGGAGCGUGGCACCGUGAGCAUGGCAACGGUUCCUGCUACGAAUGAUCCCGACCAACGACUGGCGGCUAGUCAAUUCAUUAUCACACUAGGAGAGAAUCUGGAUUAUCUGGAUGGGAAGGCUGCGAUCUUUGGUAAGGUGGUCGAGGGCUUCGAGGUCUUGGAUAAAAUCAAUGAAUCUUUCAUCGAUGAUCGCGGUCGACCGUUGAAGGAUAUCCGAAUUCGUCACACAAUUGUCCUGGAUGACCCUUUCGAUGACCCGCCCACAUUGAUUGAGCCCGCGGAAAGCCCCAUGCCUUCCAAGGCGCAAUUGGCGACUGUCAGGAUUGCGGACGAUGAGGACCUGGAUGACAAUAUGGACGAAGAAGCGAUGGACAAGCUACGACGAGAACGGGAGGCUCGCGCGCAGGCCUUGACAUUGGAGAUGGUGGGGGAUCUGCCUUUUGCCGAUGUCAGGCCGCCAGAGAAUAUCCUUUUCGUUUGCAAAUUGAACCCGGUCACACAAGAUGACGAUCUGAAUUUGAUCUUCAGUCGGUUUGGGAAGAUCUUGUCUUGCGAGGUCAUUCGAGACAAGCGUACCAAUGAGAGUCUACAAUAUGCCUUUAUCGAGUUCGACCAACAAAAGGACUGUGAACAGGCCUACUUCAAGAUGCAGGGUGUUCUACUUGAUGACCACCGCAUUCAUGUGGAUUUCUCACAGAGUGUUUCUAAGCUAUCCGAAUCCUGGCGCAACUCAGCUGUCACCAAGCGCCGACCGAGAGGUGGUUUCGGUGGUGUUGAUGAUCUGGAAGAGAAACGCCAGUACCGAGAGGUUGUCGACGCUCCUGUGGACGAAGAUGACGCCAGAUACAGGAUGGUAUUUGACAAAAACAAGAAGAAGGAUGCUCCGGUCAACCCUCCACGUGAAUCCUCAGAUCGAAAUCGUGGGUCCCGUCGCGACAGAGGGAGUCGAAGCCCCAGGCGAAAUGAUGAUCGAUACCGUCGUCGUUCUUAUAGUCGCAGUCCCCGCAGAGAUUCACGGAGAGACCGAGACCGAGAACGAGAUUACCGUGAUGAUCGGAGAUACUAG